CACAAGUUCAUGACGUCCAGUGUCCGGCACCUCCAGGAGGCUCUCUACACACACCUGGAUGACCUGGAGAAGAAGGACUUCAUUGAGGCGCUCAGCACCUACGGGACGCAGAGGGACAUCUUCGAGCUGGUCAACUCUCUGAGGAAGAUCCUCAAUACGCCGGCCAAGCGCCAGUUGUUUCCCCUGGUGAAGCGCGUCAUCAGACAAGGGGAUGCCGAGGCAUUUGACUUGUUGACAAGGUAAUGGUGUAAGAUGAUUGGUUGAAUGGGGGACAAGGUAAUGGUGUAAGAUGAUUUGUUGAAUGGUAGACAAGGUAAUGGUGUAAGAAGAUUAGUUGAAUGGUGGACAAGGUAAUGGUGUAAGAUGAUUGGUUGACUGGUUGACAAGGUAAUGGUGUAAGAUGAUUGGUUGAAAGAUUGACAAGGUGAUGGUGUAAGAUUAUUGGUUGACUUGUUCACCAGGUUCUGGUGUAAGAUGAUUGGUUGAAUGUUGGACAAGGUAAUGGUGUCAGGUGAUUGGUUGAUUUGUUGACAAGAUAAUUGUGUAAGAUGAUUUGUUGAAUUUUUGACAAGGUAAUGGUGUAAGAUGAUUGGUUGAAAGGUUGGCAAGGUAGUGGUGUAAGUUGAUUGGUUGAAUGGUUGACAAGGUAAUGGUGUAAGAUGAUUGGUUGGAAGGUUGGCAAGAUAGUGGUGUGAGAUGACGGGUUGAAUGGUUGACAAGGUAAUGGUGUAAGAUGAUUGGUUGGAAGGUUGGCAAGAUAGUGGUGUGAGAUGAUUAAUUGAAUGGUUGACAAGGUGAUGGUGUAAGAUGAUUAAUUGAAUGGUUGACAAGGUGAUGGUGUAAGAUGAUUAAUUGAAUGGUUGACAAGGUGAUGGUGUAAGAUGAUUAAUUGAAUGGUUGACAAGGUGAUGGUGUAAGAUGAUUAAUUGAAUGGUUGACAAGGUGAUGGUGUAAGAUGAUUAAUUGAAUGGUUGACAAGGUGAUGGUGUAAGAUGAUUAAUUGAAUGGUUGACAGGGUGAUGGUGUAAGAUGAUUAAUUGAAUGGUUGACAAGGUGAUGGUGUAAGAUGAUUAAUUGAAUGGUUGACAAGGUGAUGGUGUAAGAUGAUUAAUUGAAUGUUUGACAAGGUGAUGGUGUAAGAUGAUUAAUUGAAUGGUUGACAAGGUGAUGGUGUAAGAUGAUUAAUUGAAUGGUUGACAAGGUAAUGGUGUAAGUUGAUUAAUUGAAUGGUUGACAAGGUAAUGGUGUAAGAUGAUUAAUUGAAUGGUUGACAAGGUGAUGGUGUAAGAAGAUUAAUUAAAUGGUUGACAAGGUGAUGGUGUAAGAUGAUUAAUUAAAUGGUUGACAAGGUGAUGGUGUAAGAUGAUUGGUUGAAUGGUUGACAAGGUGAUGGUGUAAGAUGAUUGGUUGAAUGGUUGACAAGGUGAUGGUGUAAGAUGAUUAAUUGAAUGGUUGACAAGGUGAUGGUGUAAGAUGAUUAAUUGAAUGGUUGACAAGGUGAUGGUGUAAGAUGAUUAAUUGAAUGGUUGACAAGGUAAUGGUGUAAGUUGAUUAAUUGAAUGGUUGACAAGGUAAUGGUGUAAGAUGAUUAAUUGAAUGGUUGACAAGGUGAUGGUGUAAGAAGAUUAAUUAAAUGGUUGACAAGGUGAUGGUGUAAGAUGAUUAAUUAAAUGGUUGACAAGGUGAUGGUGUAAGAUGAUUGGUUGAAUGGUUGACAAGGUGAUGGUGUAAGAUGAUUGGUUGAAUGGUUGACAAGGUGAUGGUGUAAGAUGAUUAAUUGAAUGGUUGACAAGGUGAUGGUGUAAGAUGAUUAAUUGAAUGGUUGACAAGGUAAUGGUGUCAGAUGAUUAAUUGAAUGGUUGACAAGGUGAUGGUGUAAGAUGAUUAAUUGAAUGGUUGACAAGGUGAUGGUGUAAGAUGAUUAAUUAAAUGGUUGACAAGGUGAUGGUGUAAGAUGAUUGGUUGAAUGGUUGACAAGGUGAUGGUGUAAGAUGAUUAAUUGAAUGGUUGACAAGGUGAUGGUGUAAGAUGAUUAAUUGAAUGGUUGACAAGGUGAGACAAGGUGAUGGUGUAAGAUGAUUGGUUGAAUGGUUGACAAGGUGAUGGUGUAAGAUGAUUAAUUGAAUGGUUGACAAGGUGAUGGUGUAAGAUGAUUAAUUGAAUGGUUGACAAGGUGAUGGUGUCAGAUGAUUAAUUGAAUGGUUGACAAGGUGAUGGUGUAAGAUGAUUAAUUGAAUGGUUGACAAGGUGAUGGUGUAAGAUGAUUUGUUGAAUGUUUGACAAGGUGAUGGUGUAAGAUGAUUAAUUGAAUGGUUGACAAGGUAAUGGUGUAAGAUGAUUAAUUGAAUGGUUGACAAGGUGAUGGUGUAAGAUGAUUGGUUGAAUGAUUUUUGGGGAGUUUAAAAUGAACGUUUCUGUCCACUUAUUGCCGUCACUGUCUGUCACUGUCUGUGCUCAAGAACUGAGAGGGGCGACACAACAUACCACAGGCCGCGCCAUAGGGAAACUUAGCUUUAGUUAAUAUAUUUAGGUAAAUUAAUGCUGUAACAAGAUAAGCUUGGGUUUUAAUACAAAAAAAAUAUUUAAAAAAAAAACAACAACCGGACAGUUCAAAUGAUUGUUAACACAGUUAGCUUCAGCUGCGUGGCCAGCUUCACUGGACUUAAAUAAAUUUCGAACAGCUCACUUUCGAUUAAAAUGACGUCAUAUACAUUAUCUUUGCUAAAAUUGCAUCAUUCAAUAUCUUCAUAAAAACUAAUUGAUAAAAUUUCUUGACUAAACUUACAUCUGAACUGCUCACUUCACUUAAUGUAUCUAUGAAGCAAAAAGCUAAUCUUAGCAGCAUUUCAAGCCCCCCCCCCUCCCCCCUUUUUCCAUUUUUAGAAAGAAAAAAAAAUCCCCAUAAAAAGUGUUGAUUCGAAAUGAGGUCAAAACGAGAGAAUAGAUAAAUAUGAAUGUUAAGAAAGUAGGUCAGAGAUAAAGCCCUUCGAAUGACUUGUGGGUGAGUACGCGGGUCACUCUCAAACGAUGGGGAGGGGGGAGUGGGCAUGUUUGUGUGUGAGUGUGGGGGGGGGGGAAAUAAUGUAGAGGCGUCAAUUUAAACAUUGAAAUAAUUUUAUAUUUUAAUUAUGACGUGUAGCUUUCAACAAGGCAGCUGUCGUGCUAGUAUUUUUUUUUUCCUUUUCGUAUUGAUAGAAAUUGAGUGCAUCGUUCUAUUUAUAGACGUGACCUAAAUAACCGAUCAACCUCAGAAUAAAUCAUUUGCCCAGCCCUACCUUAUCAAUAAUUUUUUUUUUCCUUAAAAAAGUUUCAGGGUCUGAGAAAAGUUUGGUGGGAAAAUGGUAAUUUUUUUAUACAAUGUACAUAUUCACUUCCACCUUCCUCCCCCCCCCCCACCUUUUUUAUCCCCACAACCUCCUCAUAUUUUAUAAGGAUCCACCAAUUUUUUACCAAAUUGGGGAAAGUUUAAAAAAGUUUAGGUCGCUGUUGAAGUGAGCAGUUUUCACCGUUGGAGUCUGUACCCCACUUGAUCCUCAUGUUUGCACAAUCAAUGUAAAUAGAACAUUACAAAAAUCCAGCCCCUCAAAUCAAACCUUUUUGUCUUUAAAUCCUACAAAUAUAUGCAAAUAGGUUUGCAUUUCUGUAGUACGUGAUUUAUCACUGCGAAGAGCAACAGCAUCUCGCAAGACACUUAACGUGGAACCCUAACUUAACACAUCUCGUUGCACAUCUACUUCAUUUUCCUUUGUGGAUUUACCCCUAAACUGUUGUCUGGCAUUAUUUUAAAGACUGUUCUUAAGUUAUCCUUGCAUCAUUUCCUUCAUCUUCUCCUUGAAAAAGGAGGAAAACUGUUUUUUUAUGGGAAUGGGCCCGAAAAAUUUGUUGGAAUGUGUUAUCAACAGCAACUAGUUUGUGUGCCAAGUUUCAGCUCGAUAUGAUGUUGGGAAGUGGGUCAAUAGGUCGUCCCGAAGAUUUCCCACCAACACACGAACGAAUGUGAAAGGCGUUUAAACAAUUUAUAAAAAAAAUUAAAAAAAUCAUUCAGUCUAAUUUAUCCAAGUCGAUAACGUCAUCCAACUUUCCCGUCAGUGAAGAGAAGCAGCCCUCCACGCUACCACGUCCACACCUGUACCGGCCCCACAUGGCGGACAUCAACGUGCUGAGCAAAUACAAGACGGCGAGAGCAGACGGGCACCAGCAGACGGACUACAAGACUGGGGUGCAGUCGCCCGUGGUCAGCCUCCAUCGCGCCAGGCACGGGUCUGGACACGAGGAGAAGCACAAGACGAUGACGUCACGGAGGUCGUCCCAGUCCAGAAGUCAGUUUGGCGGUGACAGCAUCGAAGUAAGUGUCGGCACGCGUGUCAGUGGUGUCACAAGAGACAGUAUUAAUCAUGAGUGUCAGUCGUGUCACAAGCGACACGACUGUUAGUAGUCACGUGUCAGUGGUGGGCAUGGGUGUCAGUGGUUGUCAUGGGUGUCAGUGGUUGUCAUGAGUGUCAGUGGUUGUCAUGGUGUCAGUGGUUGUCAUGGGUGUCAGUGGUGGUCAUGGGUGUCAGUGAUGGUCAUGGGUGUCAGUUGUGCUCAUGGGUGUCAGUGGUGGUGUCGGGUGUCAGUCGCAAGAUGGUUUAGAUGCCCAGGUGUUGUAAGCCAUCCACGAUCCAUUAUCCACAGAUUGACCUUGGGGAGCCUGAUGCCAAGGACAGUGGGUUCGGCUUCACCAUCAGGGGCGGAGUCGAUAUCGGUGUGGGUGUGUACGUCUCGUCCGUUGACAACGGGAGUCUCGCCCAGAAGAGAGGGUUGACAGUUGGUGACCUCAUUGAGUCAGCCAAUGAUAUCUCUUUCACUGACGUCACUCACGAUGAGGCCGCUAGGGUAAGUGCAACGACGUCACUCAUAAUGAGGCCGAUAGGUUACAUGCACUGACGUCACUCAUAAUGAGGCCGAUAGGGUAAGUGCACGGACGUCCCUCAUAAUGAGGCCGCUAGGGUAAGUGCAACGACGUCACCAACAAUGAGGCCGCUAGGGUAAGUGCAACGACGUCACUCAUAAUGAGGCCGAUAGGUUACAUGCACUGACGUCACUCAUAAUGAGGCCGAUAGGGUAAGUGCACUGACGUCACUCAUAAUGAGGCCGCUAGGGUAAGUGCAACGACGUCACCAACAAUGAGGCCGCUAGGGUGAGUGCACUGACGUUACUCAUAAUGAGGCCGCUAGGGUAAGUGCAAUGACGUCACUCAUAAUGAGGCCUCUAGGGUAAAUGCAACGACGUCACCAACAAUGAGGCCGCUAGGGUAAGUGCACUGACAUGACUCACAAUGAGGCCGCUAGGGUAAAUGCAACGACGUCACCAACAAUGAGGCCGCUAGGGUAAGUGCACUGACAUGACUCACAAUGAGGCCGCUAGGGUAAGUGCACUGACAUGACUCACAAUGAGGCCGCUAGGGUAAUUGCACUGACAUGACUCACAAUGAGGCCGCUAGGGUAAUUGCACUGACAUGACUCACAAUGAGGCCGCUAGGGUAAGUGCACUGACAUGACUCACAAUGAGGCCGCUAGGGUAAGUUCAAUGUAAAAAAUAUUUAAGAAAUUAGCAUCUUUAAACCGUCUUCAAUUCCUUUCUUUCAAAACAAGUCAAAUGUCACUACAUUGAAUACUUUUAUUUAUUAUUAUAAUUUUUGUUUGUUUGUUUGUUUGUUUGUUUGUUUGUUGUAAUUAAUAGGUAAUAGCUCUUUCAUACACUGUCUUACAGUACAAGAAUUAAUAAGAAUACAAAAAACUGGUUUUAAAGUCUUACAGUGAAAGUUUAUCCAUCAAACAGUCAAGGUAACAUCUGAUCUUGCGCAUCCCUCAGGGGAAAACAUAAAAUAUAACAGAUAUCCAAUCUGUCCCCAGAUCAUUAAGGCAGCCUCCAAGCUCCACCUGACCGUGUCUCGUGUGGGUCGCAUCCCUGGCACCAUGACCGUCCUGGAGACGUACACGUGGACCGACUCGAAGGGCAGACCCGUGUCUCCCCCGCCCCCGGGCAGUGGGACAGCCAGCGGGGAGGACGAUGGGCGGAGGAAGAGUGGAACCCUGAUGCUGAAAGGAAGCGACGAGAGGAAGGUGUGUACUGUGUACAUGCGAUAGUGCUGUUGGGGGUUAAAUGUGUACAUGACAUGCGAUAGUACUGUUGGGGGUUACUUGUGUACAUGGCAUGGGAUAGUGCCGUUGGGGGUUACUGGUGUACAUUAUAUGCGAUAGUACUGUUGGGGAUUAAAUGUGUACAUGACAUGCGAUAGUACUGUUGGGGGUUACAUGUGUAGAUGGCAUGCGAUAGUACUGUUGGGGUUAAAUGUGUACAUGGCAUGUGAUAGUACUGGUAGGGGUUAUGUAUGUACAUGACAUGCGAUAGUGCUGUUGGGGUUAAAUGUGUACAUGGAUGCAAUAGCACUGUAGCGGGUUACAUGUGUACAUGGCAUGUGAUAGUACUGUUCGGAAGUAUGUAUGUACAUGACAUGCGAUAGUGCUGUUGGGGGUUAAAUGUGUACAUUACAUGUGGGAAGCACCCAUGUUGAUUGAAUUUGUAAAUGACAUGGGAGAUCACACAUGGGAAUUAUCCGUGUACACGACAACCGAUACGUCUGUUGUGGAUUCACUGUGUACAUGAAAUCAAUGGUUCUCUUAAAUAUAAAGCUAAACUAUCAAUUUUUUGGGGGUCACUUGUGUUAACUAGAUCAAAGUUGAUUUAAUUGUUUUUGUAGUCAAUUUAAUGAUAUAAACUAUAACAAGUGGAAACUAUUUCUUGUCAAUAGUUAGAAUUUGAACUUUCUGGGGGACACCCACUGUCUUCUUGUUCCAACUGAACAUUUAAUGAUUAAUUUAUCUUUAGGUGAACAUUGUGGUUCAGAAAGGUCAAGGUCUGGGCCUCAUGGUACGUGGAGGAAGUGAGUAUGGACUUGGCAUCUUCAUAUCUGGCAUUGACCCCUUCUCAGUGGCUGAGAACGCCGGCCUGAAGGCAAGUCAAUCCCGUGUGUCUUUUAGUUUAGUCCUGUUUCUGGUAGGUCAGAGUCCUGGUAGGUUAUGGUCCUGGCAUUUCAUAGUCCUGUUAGGUCAUAGUCCUGGUAUGUCAUAGUCCUGGUAUGUCAUAGUCCUGAUAGGUCAUAGUUGUGGUAGGUCAUAGUCCUAAGCUAUACUAGUUCUAUAGAUUGGUCAUAAUCCUUUUAGUUCAUAUUACCGCUAGGAUAUAAUCCUGGAUGGUCAUGGUAAUAGUGGGCGAUAGAUCUCAUAGCUCAUUUUGUCCACUUUCCAACAGUUGGGUGACCAGAUCCUGGACGUCAAUGGUCAGAGUUUCCUGGACAUCAGCCACUCGGACGCAGUUAAACACCUGAAAAAGCGACGGCAUCUCAUCAUCACAGUCCGAGACGUGGGCAAGAUUCCAUUCGGUAAAACCACCAUCGAUGAAACCGGCUGGAUUGAGAGUACAAAGGUGGAUUCU